AUGACGCCGAGAUCGUCGACAGCCUCGCCUUCUCCUCCAGCCGCACGCUUCGCCUGCUUCGGCGGCGGUAUCCGUACCGUCAUCUUCAACGAGCCUCCCGCCCUGCUGCUGGUUCUGCUGCUGCCGCCGUUGAUGCUUCGAGUGUUUGUUUGAGGGAUAGGAUGGGGAUGCCUUCAACAUCGAUGUCGAUGGUGACGUCGACGAAACAGAAACUAACGCUUCUCCGCCAUGUGCCACGUAGACAAGAGCUGCUGUGUGGAGCCGGAGAAUCGCAUCGCGCGCGUCCUCUCCUCAGAAAAUUACAGCGAAGGCGCGCGUUUGUUGACCUUGCUCGUGUAUGUUUUUGUGUGUGUUUUCGUCCUAUUUAUUAUGGUGACAGUCCCCCCAUUUUUCGUGAUAAGACGUGUACUACACUUUUCAGCGUAAACAACAUAUUAUUAUUAUUUUAUUUGCCCUCCGACGAUUGCAGAUAAAUGCAGACAUACAUAAAAAGUCGAUCGUGAAGGCCGUCAUGCCAAGCCAAAUUAACUCGAUGCCCAAUAGCCAGGAAUGUUUGCCUCUAAAAUCAACAAAACUUUGGUUGAAACACUACAGCUGAACUCUAGGCACGAACCAUAGAUGGAGAAAAAUGAACAAAACCCCAACCUCAUCCACCCGAAAUCAAACAAAACUCGACCGCGUCUUCUCUGGUACCCCUGACACCGUAUCGAACAAAAAUCCGCUUCCUACCGAAGUGGUUAGGUUAAAGCUGUCGCACGCAUAUUUCGGCGCGCAAAAGUCUGUGCGGCAUUGCUGAUCGAUACUGCCACCGGUCACACUAAGAGAGAAACAUCCGCCGUCUUGCUCUUUCUGAGGCACCCCCCACUCAAGCCCACGUUUCCCCAGACCUCCGACACUGCCACCCCUUGUUCCUACUUGCUCGCCACCUGCAACCACAAGGGUCAAGCCCUCCCCCCUCAGCACCCCAUAUUGGUGAAAUUGAGAGCGAAGUAUGAAAUUGAGAGCGAGAGCCAAAAAAAAAAAUCGGGUCCAGACGCCUCUUGCCAUUUCUUGGAAAGUAGGGGGGGCGGGCUCUUCCAAGAAGCGGCGCAAAUUGAAGGUCUCAUCAGCAGCGACACGAGCAUAUGCAUGUCAUCGUCAUCGGAUGCUGCAGCUAAUAGGAGCUAGACAAGUGCUAGAUUUCCCCAGAUUGGCUAUUCCUGCCUCAAACUGUUGCAGGGCGGUAUGGCCCCGGGCGGUGGGCUCUGCUGAAGCUUCUGCUCGCCGCUGUAACUCCACAUCGAGAGACUCCCACAGGAUGACCAGGGUAUCUGCUUGCAGCUACGGGCUGGCCCUUCAAUUCAAGCUACACAGCAAGCUCCGCCUCUCAGCAGUAGUCCAGCUGCAGCGCAUCGUGCAAUCUCGCUCUCAAUCAGAUGCUUCGCUCUCAAUAUCACCUAUGUUGCUGUAUGUAGAGUCCGUCCGGUUAAAUUUUGCCACCAUCUCCUGAAAUCACCUUGGGAAUUGUUUUGAGUGACUGACGUACCCCCUAGUGACAUAGUACUUUAUAUCGUAAGAAAGCUCUGUUUCCGGCGGAUCGUUUGGAUGGAGCAGAUUUUCUUCUUUUUUUUGUUGGCGAGAAAAUCACGAUUCCGUGGAGAUUUUGGACGAUUUUGGUUAGUUUUAUUUGGUCGAGUGUGAGGUCAUAUAUUUUUUUUUAGACCGGUUUUGAACGUAUCACGCCCAGGGGCUCACGGCGACACAACUCAGCUUUAUUUUCGCUAAUAAACAACGGAGAU